CGAGGUUUAUAGUUUAAAGCUUUGCAUCGGAAGCAAAAAUGUCUCUAUUAGCGAUAAAAUACAAACGUGGACAUCUUGAGAUUCUAAACCAACUUCUCCUUCCUCACAAGUCAGUAUAUGAGGAGAUUAGAGGCGUAGAAGAUGGCUGGCAAGCGAUAAAAGCAAUGAAGGUUCGUGGAGCUCCCGCAAUUGCUUUGGUUGGUGCCUUGAGUCUUGCAGUAGAGAUUUUACCAAUGUCAUUUAGUUCCAAAGAAGAAGUGGAAAACUUUGUUGCAGAGAAGCUUCAGUAUCUUACCACAGCUCGACCAACAGCUGUAAAUAUUAUGGAAGCUGCAAAGCAUUUGACAUUAUUAGUCAAAGGCUUGUCAUCAAAAGUCAGCGAUACUGAAAGUAUCAAGAUAGAACUUAUCAAAGAAAUGGAAGGAAUGCUAGACAAAGAUUUAAGUGAUAACAAGGCUCUUGGAAGGCUUGGUGCAGAGCAUAUGUUACAACUGGUGGGGGCUGACAAGUUAAAGGUGCUCACACACUGCAACACUGGUUCCUUAGCAACGUCAGGAUUUGGGACAGCAUUAGGAGUGAUAAGACAUUUGUCUGAACAAGACCAUAUUGACCAUGUGUUCUGCACUGAGACCAGACCUUAUAACCAAGGAUCAAGGCUUACAGCAUAUGAGUUGGUCUAUGAGAAUAUUCCUUCAACUUUAGUUGCAGAUUCAAUGGUGUCACUACUCAUGAAGACAAAAGGAGUACAUGCAGUUGUUGUUGGUGCUGACAGAGUGGUUUCCAAUGGAGAUACAGCCAAUAAGAUAGGGACAUAUCAGAUUGCUAUAGCUGCUAAACAUCAUGGAAUCCCAUUCUAUGUUGCUGUGCCCUCCACUAGCAUAGACAUGUCCUUAGAACAUGGCAGUGACAUUGUGAUUGAGGAGAGACCUGCAGAAGAACUUACUACUGUAGCAGGUGUUCGCAUUGCUGCUCCUGGCAUUGCUUGCUGGAAUCCAGCUUUUGAUGUGACUCCAGCAGAAUUGAUAACAGGGGGCAUUGUCACUGAGCAUGGUGUGUUUAAACCAUCUGAACUAAAGAAGGCACUGGCAGGGAAAACUUAAGUUUGUUUCCUCAUGGAACAGUGACAUAGUGGUUUUUUAUCACGCACAUAUAGGCAUUGUGUUUCAUAAAAAUAGUUACAUGUAGGUAGGCAAGAACAAAGUCAAACUUUUGGUAAAGGUUUUACUUUCAGUUAGGUUUUCCUUCAUUUAAGUUCUUAUUUGUGUAUACUGAUUUCAACUGUAUCUCUCUGCAGUCUUGGCAUUAGCUACAGUUCUAAAGAAAUCGGUAUUCAGUGGUUUCAUACUCAGUUGUCUCAUAUCCAAAGUAGUCAAAUUGUAUCAAGUUUGAGAGGGUUUGUACUUGAACUGCUUGUCAACUUGUCCCAAUAUACAUAUACAUUCAUUCACAAUACUGUCUAAAUACAAUUUUUAAAAAUUGAGGUUUUGAUAUUAUGAACAUUAGUUUGUAAUGUAAGUUCAUUUAGGAUGGAAAGUAAAUAUAUACAGCCUGUAUGCAUCUGGUGGAAA